AUGCGAUUCGUACGGGGGCCUCUAUUGGCCCUCGUUUGGACCGCACUUUCAUUGCAUGCGAUCGAUGGCGUAAAUGCAGAUAUUCGUGGUGUUUCUCCAGAAGACGCUCAUCUUUACUCUGUAGCACAAACCGGGAAAGGAACAUGGAAAUGUCUACAAUCUGGCGAGGAAAUUCCGGCAUCUUCAAUCAACGAUGAUUACUGCGAUUGCAAAGAUGGAAGUGAUGAACCCGGAACUUCGGCUUGUGCAAAUUCAAGCUUUCAUUGUACAAACGUUGGUCAUAUUCCUUCAAAGAUUCUAUCUAGCAGAGUGAAUGAUGGAAUUUGUGAUCCAGAAUGCUGCGAUGGAUCGGACGAAUACGAUGGAAAGGUUCAUUGUCCAAACGUAUGCGAAAAGAUUGGAAAGCAAUACAGGAAAGCAAAACAAGAAUCUGAAAAUAUCCGCAGAGCCGGAUCAAAGAUUCGAGAAAAGUACAUUCAUGACCGUUCAAAAGCGCUCGAAUCUUUGACAGCCGAUGUAGCAAGAUUAGAGAUUGAGGUGGAAGUAGCACGCGAACGUGAACAAAGAGCAAAAGAAGCUUUGGAUGCUGCAGAACAGAUGGACCAACAUGUGAUCGAGAGAAAGAAAGCAAGUCCUCUUUAUCAAACACUCAAAUCACAUCAGAGCGCUCUCAAAGUUCUAACAAAUCGACAAAAGAGUCUUCAAACAGAGCUAGAGCGAUUGACUGAUCUUUUGGACGAUCUUGCAAAAGGAUACAAUCCUAAUUACCAAGACAUGGCUGUCAAGGGUGCAGUGAUGGCAUACAGAUCAUGGCGCAGGGGAGACGAGGAGAGUGAUGAUGGACAGGAUGGAGAAGAAAGCUCAGCCGCAAAGGCCAAUCAAGUCUCAAUAGAUGACGAAGAGCCAAAGACUUUGAACGAAUUGAAAAAGGAAGAUGCUGAAUAUUCUUCCAGCAAGAUAGAAGAUAUGAUUGAGCGCGACCCACUUUCCAUGAUGGACGAUAAUCAAUACAAGGGUAGCGGAAGAUCGGACGAAUCUGGAAUAUUAUUCCGCAUCCACGAAUACCUACCUGAUGCAAUUGUACCAUACUUUGAAGCGGGCGUGGAUACCUUUUUGGAUCUUUUAUUAAAGGCAAACAUUAUCACUGAGGUCAAAAGAAGUAAAACGAGAAGAGCAGGCGAUUCAGCGAGUGAAGGAGAAGCAGAGAAUGUUUUGGCCGCCAGAUCUGCACACAAGACCGCCGAACAAGCUUUACGCGAUGCUCAAAGCGAUUUGACGAAGAAGCAGAACGAUUUAUCCCAUUCGCCUGAAAAGUGGGGACAAGAAGGCGAAUUUAAAGCGCUAGAAAAUGUCUGUGUUAGCAAGAAUAUGGGCGAGUACAUUUAUGAAUUCUGUUUCUUCAAGAAUGCAACACAAAAGCCAACACGCGGACAUGGGGAUGUAAGUUUGGGCAGAUGGGGUAGAUUUGCACCCAAAGAUUCAUCCGUUCAACCCGAUCAACCAGAAUUUUAUCUGAGACAAAUUUACGACAACGGACAAAGAUGUUGGAAUGGACCCGAUAGAAGUUUAAUCGUUGAUUUCGUUUGUGCGCCUGAGAAUGCACUUUUGGACGUUUUUGAAGGGGAAAAGUGUAUCUAUGAAGCAAAAGUAUCCACGCCAGCAAUUUGUCUACCUCUUGAUGCUGAGAAAGCGCCUGCACAUGUUCAUAUCAAGGAUGAAUUGUAA